UGCUGCCUGUUGCCCUCUCUGAUUGGUGCAGGGGAGAUGUGGGACGUGGUUGCGGUGUGUCCAUUCCACUGCGUCUGUCGGAACCUGUCAGACUCUCUGAGCACGCUCUGUGCAGAUAAAGGCCUCCUAUUCGUUCCACCGAAUGUCGAUCGGCGAACUGUCGAGCUCCGAUUGGCUGAUAACUACAUCACGGAAGUAGGCGGGUCGGACUUUGCCAACAUGACCGGAUUGGUUGAUUUGACUCUGUCCCGGAACACUAUCCACUCCAUCCGACCAAUGGCGUUCUCCGAUCUAGAGAGCUUGCGAAGUUUGCAUUUGGACGGUAACCGCUUGACGACGCUGGGGCCGAGAGACCUUGUGGGAAUGGUUAAUCUACAACACCUCAUCGUCAACGGUAACCAGCUGACGAGGGUGUCGGCGGAAGCGUUCGAUGAUUUCCUGUUGACGCUGGAGGACCUGGAUAUCUCAUACAACAACAUCCGAAGGGUCCCAUGGGAGUCGAUCCAGAACAUGGCCAGUCUCCACACCCUGAACCUGGAUCAUAACCUGAUAGACCACAUCGCAGAGGGAUCCUUUGGAGAACUGUACAAGCUGGCUCGCCUGGACAUGACCUCCAAUAGGCUGAGGACCCUGCCACCUGAUCCCCUGUUUGCAAGGUCUCAGACGGGAGCCAUCAGUCCCACUCCCUACAACAGCGUCAUCAGUCUGAACUUCGGAGGGAACCCGCUACACUGUAACUGUGAGUUGCUAUGGUUACGGCGGCUGGUCCGAGAGGACGAUAUGGAGACAUGCGCCACGCCCCCUCAGCUGGCCGGCAGGUAUUUCUGGUCCAUCCCUGAGGACGAGUUCACCUGUGAACCGCCCCUCAUCACCAGACACAGCCACAAGCUCUGGGUCCUGGAAGGUCAAAGGGCAACCUUGAAAUGCAGAGCCAUCGGCGACCCCGAACCCGUCAUCCAUUUUGUCUCACCCGGCGAUCGGAUUGUGGCGAAUUCCAGCCGCACGACAUCGUACCGAAACGGAACAUUGGAUCUCUUAGUUACGGUUGCUAGGGACGACGGAGCGUACACGUGCAUAGCGAUAAACGCAGCGGGGGAGGCUACCGCGACGGUGGAUCUAAAGAUCGUUCCAUUGCCACAUCGGAAUGGGAAUGUGAACGUUCCGGGGAAUGUGACGGUUACCGGGAACACUGGUAAUUCUAAUGGGAAUAUUCCGGGUUCUUCAGACAUCACCACCGGGAAAAGUGGGAAUACCGGAGUUAAUGGUGGAAAUGGAGGGAAUGUGAAAGAAACGGAGGAGAGGAAAGGAGAAGAGGGAGAGGGGGAUGAGGAGGAGUACGGGGGGACUAGGAUGGAGGAAGGAGAGAGGAUUGUAGGGAUACAAGGAGUCACUUCUACCUCAGCCCAGGUGAGAUGGGACCUGGGCCGAUCGGCUGGAGUUUACCUGGUGUGGAUGUUUCAGAUACAGUACAACUGUACAUCCGACGAGGCACUGGUGUACAG